GCAUCAUUUCGACCAUUACAACAAAAAAAUGGCGGCGGCCGUUGAGAAUGUUGUUAAAGUAAUGGGGGAGCAGUACUACAAAGAUGCCAUGGAGCAGUGCCACAACUACAAUGCUCGACUCUGUGCAGAAAGAAGCAUCCUUAUGCCCUUUCUUGACUCCCAGACUGGAGUGGCUCAGAGCAACUGUUACAUCUGGAUGGAGAAAAGACACAGGAGUGCAGGCGUUGGACCAGGUCAACUAUAUACAUAUCCAGCUCGUCGUUGGAGAAAGAAGAGAAGGGCGCAUCCACCAGAAGAUCCUGCUUUGGUUUUGCCUCCACUUAAAGCAGCUGAUGUGGAAUUAGGAUUAAAGAAAGAUGGAUUGGGACCACUGGAUGGCAGCAGCCUGGAGGCUCUGCUGAAAGGAGAGCCGCUGGAUAAGAGAGUUGCACCAGAACUCAGAGGACCGGAGGAGGACCCAGCUGUUGCGGACAUUACAGGAGCCACUGGGGCCAGCACCCACAGUGGAUCCACACGUGCCAGAAAGAGAAUCUUAGAUCCAGAAGAUUAUCUGGAUGACCUGGACGAUGAAGACUUUGAAGAGGAGACCCCAAAAAGACGGAAAGGAAAGUCCAAGGGUCGAGUGGGAAAUGGGAAGAAAAAAUCAGAAGCUGCCGCAGCAGCACUGGAAGAUCGUGAAAAACCAUAUGCCUGUGACAUCUGUGGUAAGCGUUAUAAAAAUCGACCUGGCCUGAGUUAUCACUAUACCCACUCUCACCUGGCUGAGGAAGAGGGAGAGGAUAAAGAGGAGCCUGAGCCCCCUCCUCCUCCACCCCAACAAGAGACCAAGACCCCUAAGAAAGGUCCUAAUGGUUUGGCAACACCAAAUGAUUACUGUGAUUUCUGCUUGGGUGACUCUAACAUGAACCAGAAGACCGGACAAUCUGAGGAACUUGUGUCCUGCUCUGACUGUGGACGGUCAGGUCAUCCCUCCUGUCUGCAGUUUACAGCAGUAAUGAUGGCCGCAGUGAAAACAUACCGGUGGCAAUGCAUUGAAUGUAAAUGCUGCAAUGUCUGCGGUACAUCCGAGAAUGAUGACCAACUGCUGUUCUGUGAUGACUGUGAUCGAGGAUACCAUAUGUAUUGUCUCACCCCACCCAUGUCAGACCCCCCAGAAGGAAGUUGGAGUUGUCGUUUGUGUCUGGAUCUUCUGAAGGACAAGGCUUCAAUCUACCAAAGCCAGAAUCCUACAGAGUAACAACAUCAACUAAACUGUUCAUAAACAACACUAGAUUCCCAUCAUCUGUUUAUACACACCCAGUAAAAUGUUUUUACACUACUAGAACCUUGUAACCUCAUUACACCAGUACGGUGGCACUGAGGAGGCUUAAAACUAAAAGUGAGAUGGAGACAUUUGACAGCUCAAUGACCUUCACUUCACAUCACUGUUACCAUGUUCUUAUGUGACACAUUGCUAUAUAUCUAUAUCUAUAUAGUGGUUGUUUCAUUGAGCACACUAAAAUGCAAAGGAAAUUGAUUAUUGAAAAAAAGAAAUCCUCACUAGUUCAUAUUUGAGCUGGUUUAUUUUACAGCAUACUUGUUACCAGUAUAUAUUUUUUCUUGUGUUGUUUAUAGUGCAUGUUAAGAAAAGUACAUUGCCUUUUUGACAAACUAUGGUGCAUUUUAGUAUUUGACUUACACACUUGUUGUUAAACUUUUACUUGCAGAUAUCAGUGGUGCCAAGUUUCACAAUCUUAAAAGUUUUGUCUACAUUCCUUUAAGUAUUUGAAGAAUUGUUGAAUAUUGUAUCGGUUAGUAUUUGAUAUUGAAUGUGACACCAUCCAUUUUUGUAUUGCCUUUGCUCAAUAAACUCAUGUUACACAA